AUGUCCACCAACAGGCCGUUCCUGGCAAACUUCCUCGCCGCCUUCCGCGCCCAAUCCGCCUACAAGGUCGCCAAAUCGCCUUCUCCAGGCCCAUCCGCUCCCCUCUCACCGACUCAUGUCGGUUCUGCGAAUUCAUCCUCGUCCAACACUCGAACCAUAACCUCCAAAUCAGCCGCAGCUGCCGCCGCCGCCACCGCUGGACGAGGUAGUAAUUCAAACGGCAUGUCGACCAGCCCGUCGCAGGCUGCCGUGGCCGCAUCAACGUCAAGCCACUUCUCCUCGCAUCACCAUCACCACCACCACAGCGGCCGACACCACCAUAACCAUAGCCACAACCACUCGCAUUCUGCUUCCCCUUCACCCUCCACCGCCCGCUCACAGCCGCGCUCCUCCCUGACGCCCACGUCUACCACUGCGUUGGGCGGCGCAUCAACUGCCGCCUCUCCCGUUGCUAGUUCCACCCCGAUCCCAGUGCCGCACAAUAGACAUCGCCGUGGUAGCGAUAGCAGCAGUGGGAGCGGUGGGUUCCGGGACGCCUUGGGUUCUGAGAAGUGGUAUAUCGGUGGGCGCAAUGCGUGUGGGGAGGAGAAGUUCUAUCCGCUCGGGAUGGUUACCAAGGGCGGAGACAGCGCCGUUGAAAAGUUUUCCGAUUACGGUUGUUGA